UUUUUCGGAACGCUCGUGAAACGUCCGUGAUCUGUUCUCGCUCGGCUUUCUCGCCUAGUUAUCACGGGUGGUUUCACAAAUUGUGAGGAGGGAGGAUAUAACGUGAGCCGUGAGGAAAAAACGACUCGGACGCUGUGACAGACAACGCCGAACAGCAACGACGGCAAUUGUUAACGUGAUCGGGCGUUUUAUAUGCAUGAUAUUGCAUAUUGACAUACGUACGUGUGCCGCGUUAGUGAAACGAGUCCGGAGUGCAGUUGUCGAUAUAGACUGGAAUAGAGAUCGGAGCGAAUUAUCAGUAUCACGAGGAUAUAUCGUGACAGAUAUAUAUACGCAUACAUAUAUAUAAUAUUAGGAGAAACCGAUCGAGUUCGCUACGCGGAGACGAGAAAUUUCGCAAUCGACAUCGUACGACAGUACCGGCGCACAUUGAUCCUACGCUAGUGCGGAAAUUGGUUAUUGAAAAAAUGGCGGCCGAGGCAAUGCUAAGUAAGAACCGAAUGAUGGUGUUUAAGAACAAAGGCAAGGAUCUGGAGGAGAUGAGAAGAAGACGUAAUGAAGUGACAGUAGAAUUACGUAAAAAUAAGCGCGAUGAAACUUUACAAAAGCGAAGAAAUGUACCUAUCACAGAUUCAACAGAUGAAGAUGAUAUUGAUAAACAUCUUUCAAAAAUCAACUUGGAGGAGUUGGUAGCAAAAGCAGGCAGUUCAGAUCCAACAGUACAAUUACAAGCUGUGCAGUCAGCAAGAAAGUUACUGUCUUCAGAUCGUAAUCCACCUAUUGAUCCAUUGAUAGAGAGUGGGAUUUUACCAAUCUUAGUUCGUUGUCUUGAACAACAUAAUAAUCCAUCUUUACAAUUUGAAGCAGCCUGGGCUUUAACAAAUAUUGCAAGUGGGACAUCGGCUCAAACGCAAGCUGUUGUUGCUGCUGGUGCAGUUCCACUCUUUUUGCACUUGUUACUUUCAAGUCAACAGAAUGUAUGUGAACAAGCUGUGUGGGCCUUAGGUAACAUAAUUGGAGAUGGUCCAGCACCUAGAGAUUAUGUUAUUAAACUGGGUGUUGUACAGCCACUGCUAACGUUUAUUAAACCAGAUAUACCUAUUUCGUUUUUACGUAACGUAACAUGGGUUAUUGUAAACUUAUGUAGAAAUAAAGAUCCACCACCACCAGUUCAAACCAUAAAGGAUAUUUUACCUGCUUUAAACGCGCUUAUUCAUCAUACUGAUAUUAAUAUUCUUGUUGAUACUGUAUGGGCCUUGAGCUAUCUCACUGAUGGUGGUAAUGAGCAAAUUCAAAUGGUUAUAGACAGUGGUGUUGUACCUCGUUUAAUACCACUUCUUUCGCACAAAGAGGUCAAAGUGCAAACUGCCGCCCUUAGAGCAGUUGGCAAUAUCGUGACUGGCACAGACGAACAAACACAAAUUGUUUUAAAUUGUGAUGCUCUUUCGCAUUUCCCCAAUUUGUUGACUCAUCCAAAAGAGAAAAUUUGUAAAGAAGCAGUCUGGUUCCUUUCAAAUAUUACUGCCGGAAAUCAAUCACAAGUUCAAGCAGUUAUAGAAGCGGGUCUGUUACCACUCAUUAUUCGUAAUUUAGCAAAGGGAAAAUUCGAAGCACAGAAAGAAGCUGCAUGGGCAAUUAGCAAUCUUACGAUAAGUGGAAAUAGGGAUCAAGUUUCGCGGCUUAUACAAGAGGGUGUUAUUGGUCCAUUCUGUGAUCUUCUUUCUUGUAAAGAUACUCAAGUUGUACAAGUGGUAUUAGACGGUAUCCAUAACAUGCUUAAACUUGCUGGCCCAGACGUUGAACAUUUGGCAAAUAUGAUUGAAGAAUGUGCUGGUUUGGACAAGAUUGAAGCGUUGCAAAAUCAUGAAAAUGUAGAUAUUUACAAGUUAGCGUACGACAUCAUCGAGCAAUACUUUUCAGAAGAGGCGGAUGAUGCACCUUUGGCACAAGGACACGAAGGAGCUUUUGAGUUUGAUCAGACGACGAGUAUUCCGAGUGAAGGUUUUAAAUUCUGAGAGAGUCUCCACUUAUUUCUUAUUCUCCGAUCGUGCCGUCCCCCGACAAACUCCAAUGCGGAGCCAUUUUGCUUUUCUCUUUCCUAUUUCUACAUUUCCUUCCUGUUCCAAUGAAAGUGUAGCAAUAUGAACUUACCAUUGCUGUGGAUCGAGAAUUAUCGCGUUUGCUAAUCUAAACAUACAGUGUGAUUUGUCGACUUUUCCGUAUUCUGGAAAGCUCGAAGUAGAGAAAAAGAGCUGAUAAUGCAAUGAAAGAGAACCAUGAUAAUUACCAAAAACUGAUUAUCCGUGUACUUUAAUUUUCUUCUUUCCCUUUUCUUAUAAAUAUAUCUUUUUUCUUUUAUAAUACAAUGAUAAACGUUAGCGGAGUCUUUAGGCGAGCGAGCGCAGCUAGCUACAUAAUGCAUGCAAAUAAAUUAUCAUAGUGAAAUCGAUUAUUUCUGCAUUGCAAUGUGGAAUUAAGGGAACGAAAAGGAAGGAUUAUUCUAUUGCUUGAUCAUGCUGCUCUCCAUUCUAACUCAGGACGAGUCUUGGUUAGCGAUAUUACUUUUAUAAAAUAAUUCGUGUAUAUUUUAGGCAUGUUAAAUUUAUAAUGAUAUUGAUUACGAAAUAAAUGAAUCAAUUGACUACUCUUUACUAGCAUAAUUGAUAAGUAUGGACAUAUUUCUGUAAAGACAGAACAAUUAAUAAAAUCCAUCGUGUAAAUUCGGCACAACUUUAA